GAAAAGACAUUUGGCGCGGUUCGAGUCGUGAGAGUGGAGCUGAGGACAUCACGGAGUUCAUUCUUGGUUAAGUAACUCUUGGUCGAGGGACCGGGGGGCAAAAGCACGUUUUAACCGCUUUCUGGCCUGUGUAGACGGGCCGGUGUGGAUCGCAAAGGCGUGUGUUUUACUCAAGUUGCGUUUUGCGUCUUUUGAGCUUGCCCCGGCGCAGGCUUAAACGGAAAUACUUACAAAAUGCCGCCCGUUGAAAAUGACAGCGGUAAAACUGAGCUUAAGACUCGGAUACAGCAACUUAUUGACUCCAAUCAAGUGGUGGUGUUCAGUAAAAGCUACUGUCCUUAUUGUAUCAAGGUAAAAGACCUUUUCAAGGAGCUCCAAGUGAAAUGCAAUGUGGUAGAAUUGGAUCAAAUUGAGGAUGGGACUACCUAUCAGGAAAUGCUGCUUGAAAUGACUGGACAAAGAACAGUUCCUAAUGUCUUUAUCAACAAGACUCACCUUGGCGGCUGUGAUAAAACAAUGCAGGCCCAUAUGGAUGGCAGCUUACAACAGCUCCUCAGUGCAGAAAGUGAAACGUAUGACUACGACUUGAUUGUGAUCGGAGGAGGGUCUGGAGGACUGGCGUGUUCAAAGGAAGCUGCUAUGCUUGGGAAGAAAGUAAUGGUAUUAGACUAUGUUGUCCCCACACCAAAAGGAACAACAUGGGGUCUUGGUGGCACAUGUGUUAAUGUGGGUUGCAUUCCCAAAAAACUGAUGCACCAAACAGCUCUGCUGGCGACGGCUAUGCAAGAUGCUCGCAAGUUUGGCUGGGAGUUUGAUGAGACAGUGAAACACAACUGGGACACUAUGAGAAGUGCAGUGAAUGACUACAUUGGCUCAUUAAACUGGGGCUACAGGGUGUCACUGAGGGACAAAAAGGUCAACUAUGUCAAUGCAUAUGCAGAGUUUGUUGAACCACACAAAAUUAAGGCAACAAACAAGCGGGGGAAGGAGACCUUUUACACUUCUGCCAAGUUUGUGUUGGCAACCGGGGAGAGGCCCCGCUAUCUUGGUAUCCCUGGAGACAAGGAGUGCUGUAUUACCAGUGAUGACCUCUUCUACCUGCCGUACUGCCCGGGGAAAACCCUAGUGAUUGGGGCCUCCUAUGUGGCACUGGAGUGUGGAGGUUUUCUGGCUGGUUUGGGCCUUGAUGUUACAGUAAUGGUGAGGUCCAUAUUGCUCAGAGGAUUUGACCAAGACAUGGCCAACCGUGCUGGAGAGUACAUGGAGGAACAUGGAGUGAAGUUCCUCCGCAAAUAUGUCCCAACAAAGAUUGAGGAGCUGGAAGCAGGCACUCCCGGCAGGCUGAAGGUGACAGCGAAGUCCACAGAGACGGAAGAGAUCAUCGAGGGAGAAUAUAACACCGUCUUGAUAGCUGUGGGUCGAGACGCAUGCACUGACAAGAUUGGUCUGGACAAGGCUGGGGUCAAAGUCAACCCUAAGUAAGUGCUCUUUAUUGUUGCAUGAGCUAAACAUUGGCUAUGUUUACAUGCACACCAAACGUCUUUCUUACAACUCCAA